AUGGAUCUCCUUUUUGACUGGGAUAAUGAGGGAGAUAGGUAUUCUUUCGAAGACAGCGAUCGAUUUGAAGAAGACUCAUUGUGUUCGUGGAUAAGCGAGCCAGAAAGUCUUUGUAACAAUUGGAGAGGAUGGAAAAGACAAAAUGGAGGUCAAGCUUCGACGAUUGUUAAAAACCAGGAAUCUGAUGGACCAGUUAAGCCACUGGUGGAGUUGGCAGCCAUGGCUGUGGCAUGUAACAUACCAUUUGAGGAGGUGGAGAUGUUCCCUCAGCCAAUCCCAGAACAGCUACAACUCAGGAUAGCGUUUUGGAGUUUCCCAGAGAAUGAAGAGGAUAUAAGGUUGUACUCGUGUCUAGCUAAUGGCAGUGCAGAUGAGUUCCAGAAAGGAGAACACCUCUAUAAGUUUAAAGCAGUCAAAGAUGCACUACAGAUAGGUUUCCAUCUGAGUGCAACUGUCAUCCCACCACAGGGUAUCGUACAGGCAAAGGGUAACUUCAAUGUAGCUGUUGUGUUUGACAGACGCCGCAUAUCUUCCUGCACCUGUACUUGUAAUAGUGCAGCAUCCUGGUGUUCCCAUGUAGUUGCACUCUGUCUAUAUAGAAUUCAUCAGUGUAAUGCUGUGUGUCUAAGGGCACCAGUGUCUGAAUCAUUGUCAAGGCUGCACAGAGACCAGCUACAGAAAUUUGCUCAAUAUCUCAUCAGUGAAUUGCCACAACAGAUAUUACCAACUGCCCAGAGAUUACUGGAUGAACUGUUAUCAUCUCAGGAAACUGCCAUCAACACCGUCUGUGGUGCUCCAGACCCUACUGCAGGACCAUCUGCCAAUGAACAGACGUCUUGGUGUUUGGAUGAGAACACUCUACAUGAAAAUAUCAAGAAAACACUCGUAAAAUUCUGUGUCCCAUCUCCUAUAGUUUUCAGUGAUGUUAAUUAUCUGUCAGCCACUGCCCCACCAGCUGCAGCUGAGUGGCAAAGUUUACUCAGACCACUAAGGGGAAGAGAGCCAGAAGGCAUGUGGAAUCUGCUAUCAAUUGUCAGAGAAAUGUUCAGAAGGAAUGAUAGCAAUGCCAUUCCACUGUUGGAAAUCAUCACAGAUGAGGUGUUGCAGUGUGAACAGAUUCUGAUAUGGUGGUUCACGACAAAGACAACUGCCAACAACAACAACAUGUGUCGGGGUAAUGGAAGUGGAGGAGCUAACAUUACACAGCAUGCUGCUGCUAGUCUGUGUGAGGAAAUAGUGACACUUUGGAGAUUAGCUGCUCUCAAUCCCAAGCUAUCUCCUGUACAACGUAAUGACCUCAGUGUUAAGUUCAAGGAGUGGCAUCUGUCUACUGUGGAGAAAGUAAGGAAGGCAAGAGGAGUCAGUAUCAAUAAUACAGGCAAUGGGCUGAAGAAAAAUGAGAUCGAAAACUUUAUUGGAUUCAAGCCCGGUAUAGAGGCAUGUAGUUUAGCAUGGGAUGACUAUCCAAUUCCUGGUGUGACUUACUCAGAAAAGGAUGGUUCUUGUUUCAAAUACAGAUUUAACAAGUCACAUGACAGCGAUAAAAAACCAUCAAGGAUUCAGCCUGUCACAGUAUGUUCAGAAAGUAUUAUUAGCACAGACAAUACAACUACACUUGCUCAAGCACAAAAUAUGUUACAAGAGCAACAUCAAAAUGCUCAGGACUUAGCAAACUACAACAGUAGAAGACAUGGUCAUUCUAGUCCCAGAGGUUCCAAUACUAAUGAUGGUGCCAUAAGUUCAGGUUCAGAGGGUUUCUGUGAGCCUGAAAGAAGUAGUUCUUUAUACAGAGAUUCUGACUCUGGAUCAGAAAUGAAAGAAGUAAAUUCUAGAAGCAAUUCUAUUGAUGAUCAAGAGGGUUUUCCAGGUCAUUCGUCCCUCGCUAAUGGUUUUGGCAUGGGAAAUAGAUCCGAUGGUGCCUCUAAUUUCUCAGUAUUUUCAACAGACAAGUCAGGAGAUGUAUUCCAUGCUUGUGACAAUGCUCAGGAUAAUGCUGCAUUUGUUAUGGCUGCCUCAGACACUCAAGCUUCUGGAUCUGCAAGGGCUGAACACUCUUCAGAGUCCCAACAGUCUGGGGAUGAAUACCAGGUGUAUUUCUGUGCAAAAAACAAAACAGCUGAUGCUGACAAGCAUAAGAAGGACAAAACAGACGAACCUAAUUUCUUUGCUGGAGUGAAAAAUAUGGAUCAAAUGCAAGAUAUCCUGUUUGCAAGAGCAGAAGCCCUUCAUGCCCAUGGUCACACUAAAGAAGCCUGUCGUUUAGCCCAGAGACUUGCCGAGGAAAUGCUGGCAAAUCCUUGUGAUCUGCUUGCAGAGACAGCCAAUCUCCCAAGUAUCAAAGGUAAGAAGAAGAAAGCCCUGACCAACAUCAGUCUGAUGGCCAGUUCCACUCUGUCAAAGGCCGCCUUCCUGUCCAGUGUGUUAGCAGAAGAGCAUGAAUGUUUCCACCUUGCCUUCAAAGUGGGGAUGUUUGGACUGGAACUCCCAAGGCCACCAGCAUCCUGUAAAGCAUUGGAGGUAAAAUUAGCAUAUCAAGAAACAGAGUUACUAAACCUGUUGAAGAAGAUACCCUUAGGUCCAGCAGAAGUGAAUGUUCUGAGAGACAAGGCAGAACAGCUGAGAGAUAGAACCAUAAAAUCUCGUGGUGAUGCCCUCUUGCCUCUCACUUUAGCUAGCUUCAUAUUUGAUUCCCUCUGUCUGCCUAUGUUCCCAUUGGGUAGUACUAACAGCAGGCCUCCCAGUAGGUCAGUACAGAUCAGUAUAGCCAGGUCCCCUGGAGAUGAGAAGCUUGGUUUUGAAGGAGCUGUUGCAGCACUGGGUAUGAAAGCCAAUGUAUCGGAGGCCGAUCACCCACUACUAUGUGAGAGUACAAGACGUCAGAGAGGGGAAUUGGCAAUUACAAUGUUGGUCCAUUACAAAGAUGACCAAGUGAAAUUAAGCAAGAUCAUGGAUAAACUGCUGGAUAAGGAAGUACACCAAUUGUACAAAGCUCCAAGUCUUGUUAAUUACCUAGGCAGUAAAUCACCUUCUGGUCAGGCAACAACAUCUAUCCAGGCCAUGCAUACCAGCCCUUCCACUAGCCAGUCUGUGCCACAAGCCUCCACCUCGCAAAACAAUUGUUCCUCGGUAGGUCAAGCUCUUCAACAAAGUGCGGAGGGGGGCAGCAGUCAAGUAGCUGCAGCCAGGACAGUAUCUAACACCAUUGUUACGUCUACAACUGGUGCUAGGCCAAAGCUCACAUACCCUCUGAGGUAUAACAGUGGCAAAGAUACAGACAGUUCAGCAGUAGAGGAAGAAGAAGAACUCAAAGCUCUGGAAGCCAAAUUGAGAUGUAUGAGCAUGAAGAAAAAGCCUUCCCAAGGCAUGGCCAGCAUUGACAGCAGUGCCCCAGAAACAACAUCAAGUGACAAUUCCCCAACCAUGGUAAGGAGGACAUGGAAACACCAAGGACCAGGCAGUGACUGUGGCAGUUCAGGGGACAGCAGUGAUUCUAUAGGUUCCAGUAGCUCAGGGGACAAGGAUGCCAGAAACAAACUCAGAGAAAAUGAAAGUCCUCCCAGUCCUAUGGGUGCCAGAUUAAUGCCAUCCCAGUUAAUGGAAUCUCGAGUUCUUACUCCAGGAAUGGCUAAUGUAAAGAAUCCAAGGUACAAAGGAAAGGCCCGUAUCAUGCCCACAGUACCCAACCAGCCAAGUGAAGCCUCAGCCCACUUUAUGUUUGAGUUGUCAAAAACCGUGUUGACUAAGGCUGGUGGCAAUAGUUCCACUUCCCUGUUCACACAGCCCAGCAGUACCAACACCCACACAGGACCUCAUAGAAACCUUCAUCUCUGCGCCUUCCAGAUUGGCCUUUAUGCCUUAGGGCUUAACAAUUGUGUUUCUCCCAACUGGCUGUCUCGAACCUACUCAUCCCAUGUGUCCUGGAUUACAGGACAAGCAAUGGAGAUUGGAAGUGCAGCAAUCAAUAUGCUGAUAGAUACAUGGGAGGGUCACCUCACACCAGCUGAAGUAGCAUCUUUGGCUGAUAGAGCUUCCAGAGGUCGUGACCCCAACAUGAUUCGCGCAGCUGCAGAACUGGCCCUGUCAUGCUUGCCCAAUGCACAGGCACUUAAUCCUUCUGAGGUGCAAAGGGCCUUGAUCCAGUGUAAAGAGCAGAGCAGGGAGAUGUUACAGAGGGCGUGUUUGGCUGUAGAAAGUGCAGCCAAGGGAGGGGGUGUGUACCCUGAAGUUCUAUUUGACGUUGCCAAGCAGUGGAAUGAGUUAUCAGAGGAGGCGGCAAAGUCUAGUCAUAAUCAUCAAUCUUUAGAGACUACACAACAAAGUCAUUCAACAACAGAAUCCAAUGACACUGGUGUCCCAACAGCAGUGGUGACAGCUGCCAGCGUGGCAGGGGCUCCACUUCCAACUGAUAGGAGGAGUCCAUCCUCUCUCUCAGUCAUUCCAUUCAGCUCCACUCCUCCACAUUCAUGUAAUCAAGUAACACUGACAAAUACACCACAGAUGAUGCCACGUGCUGUCAACAGCCAGAUUCCUACUCAGCCUGUUGUGCUGUCAUAUGCCAUUCCUCAAGCUAACCCUCAUCAUCCUCAGCUACCUCAUCACCACCAGGCGUAUGUUCAACAUUAUGGAUAUGUUCAGCAGAUACAGCCAUUUGGACAUCAGUACACAACACAUCAGCCAAUCCCCAUGCAGAAUCAUAACCUUCAUCAUUUUGUACCUGCAUUUACAUAUCAAAAUCAGCCUCACUUUAACAACAUGCAAGGAUUACCAACUCCUGCCAAUAUCUAUCCUGCCAGUGCAGCUCCACCAUUCCGGGCCCUGACCCCUGCUGUACAAGUGUUUCCUAGUCAUCCACAGUGUCAUCCUCCCAGUGUCCAGCAGAUCCCCACUUCAUCAGCAGGAUCUGUGCAGCCUUCACAUCCAAUUGAGGUGGUGUCUGAUGGCUCCUCUCAGUCUCCUAGUCCGCCCCAGUCUGCUACCAUCCAGGGACAGCAUAAUGGUCACCAGACAACCACCAAUCAGGUGCAGUUGAACUAUCUAAUGGCUGCCUUCCGUGUUGGCAUGUUAGCUCUUGAAACAUUAGCAAGACGUGUGCAUGAUGACCGACCACAGGCAAAGUAUUCCCGCAACCCACCCUACGGAGAGGAUGUGAAAUGGCUCCUUAAGAUUGCUGUUAGGUUAGGUACAAGUUAUCUCCAACAAUUUUGUGCCAGUGCAGUGAAUGCUGUAGUCAGUCCUUUUGUUUUGUACGACAUCUACGUUGAUGGUGCUCACAUGUUGACCAGGAACAAUCCGUCUAUUCCACAAAGUCAUCUUAGAUCAAAUAAUAUACUCAAUCCCCUGGUUCAAAAAUGUCUUCAAAUGUUCAUCCAAUGUGCUCACCAGCGUAUACACCAUAUCAAUCCUUCUGAGUAUGAUGACUUCAUAAAUACCAUCUGCAGUGCCAGAAAUGCCUUUUGUCUCACGCCAGGUGGUAUGGUUCAAUUUCAAGAGUUUCUACAAAGUCUACGCAGGACCAAGUCAUGCCGAAAGGAUCUCUGGGCUAGGAUAGUGAAUGGGCUGGCUACUGGCAAUGUUUGAUGUCAAUUUUAUAUAGACCAUUGAUAACAACAAUAUCAAGAUAUCUAUUUCUCUAUAAAAAAAAAAGCAAAAAUACUGUUGUGUAUGAAGAUGUUUAUAUUUUUGUGGAAAAAUAAGUCAUCCUUUAAUUCAGGAUUUUACAAGAAUUUACUAGAAAACAUAAUGUUAUAAUGUUAUAUUUUAAUGAAACUUGAGUUUAUUACACAAAACAACAGAUGAGUUAUCAUAUUUGUUUGAAUAUUUUCAUUGUGUUGGUAUUCUA